CCAGCUGAGCUAACGGACGUGCGAGACGCUAUCAAAAUCAAAAUCCGAAUCAAUAUCGAAUUCGAAUUCGAUUCAUCGGAAGUGAAGCAUCGUGUUUUAUUGCAGCACUCGGCGGAACUAAUUAAAAGCAUAGAAAAUUUGCAAAGAAAAAAAAAACUAUUAACGGUGCAUCUUUUUGGGCAAAUCUUUUUGCUUCGUUCGACUUCGACGCGCUCGGGCGUGAUGUCGUUUGACAGCUGCAACGCCGGGAAAACACCAAAUAAAGCGCUGCUCAAAAUUGUUGGAAAAUUAAAUGAAAAUUUCUGACGAUUGAAUACAAAUUUUUGUAUUGUGCGACAGCCGUGAAAAUACCAGCAGCAAAUUAAUAUUUAUUGAAAUUGAAGUGUUGACAACAUUGUUUUUUGUAGACCAACCAAAGGAAAAGCUUUUUCAAGACAAUGUUGCUGCAUUGCAUACAUCUGUUAACAUUCGUCGUGCUGGCAACAGCCUCGUGGGGCGAUUCCAGCCAAAGUCAGUACCACAUUCAAACGGAUGAGGGACCCGAGAGAUAUUUCCGCUUUCAGACCGAUAAUGGACAGUUUCGCAAGGAGAAACGUUUGCAGGACGGCACAGUCAUUGGCACUGAGGCCUGGAUCGACGCAGCUGGCUUUCUACGCCAGAAGGACUACAUAGCCGAUAAGGAAGGCUAUCGCAUACUCAAAUCGAAGACAAUAUUUGUGGGACAAGGCAAAGGCAUUGAGGAGGCCAUCAAAUCCACAAAGUCAGCGCCAGCGCAGUCUGGCAUUCUGGUUGAUGGCAAUGCUGGUGGCAACAAUGUGCCCGGUGGCUAUCGCAAGCACAGCUACAGCUACAGCUCAACUACCUCAACGACGACGCCUCUGCCGCCGCCGCUCUACGAGCCACCGAAUCAACUGGCCACCGCCAAUCUGGACUCGGGAGUGGGUAAACUCAACUAUUUGCCACCCGAAGAGGCAGCCAAAUUGCAGCCACAAACGCAACUCGGCUUCGAUCAUUAUCCCGACGAACUGCCUCGAGCCAGAGAUCAGCUGCUCAAGGGCAUUGCAACGCCGCAUGUGGAGAUACAACCGAAUGCUGAGCCGCUGCCCGAGCUGAAUGCCAUCAACGUGUACGACGAGGAGGCGGAUCAUGGCUUUGCACCUGGUCGCUUUGCCAGUGUGAUUGGCACCACGCCACGUCCCACUUUGUUUGUGGCUGCACCAACGCCAGAGCUCUCCAUGCUGCCGCCCUUGACGCAGCGCAGACGCCAGCGACCACGCCCCCAGGCCAUAGGCAUAGUGUCCACAACGCCGGCUCCGAUUGCGGCAACUCCAGAGACGUUUGGCUUCUCGACGCCAGCGCCGUUUGCGGCGCCUCCGCCAUCCGUUGGAGGCGAUCAUUAUGCUCCAAGCAAUAGCGGCUAUGGUUACUAUUCACCCAACUCUUCGCCGCUGGAGGUGAAUGCAUUGGAUGCGCCGCUGUUGCCGCCGCUGCCACAACGUGCGUAUCGCAGGCGAUUGCGUCCCGCGUUGCACACAAACUCUUUGGAUGGAGCAGCGGAUUAUGAUGGAGUGAGUGCGACUCGGAAUGGUUUUCGGUAUGUGCUGCCCAAGCAGUAUCAUGAGGAGGACACGCAGGUGGAUGGCAAGCGGGCGGGCAGCUUUGGCUAUGUGGAUCCAUUCGGUAUACGCCGUGUGGUCUACUACAAUGCCUCACCCGGACGUGGCUUCGUGCAUCGCAACAACAAUCAGUUUGUGGGCGCCAAUGGGGCGCCAUACGAUGAACCCGGGCCAGCGCAGUUGGUGAAUGGGCAGUGAAAAACGAAGAACGAACAACGAUAGCAAGUGGUGCUAUAAAUGCAAUUAAAUGAAAUCAAAUUCAAAUCACAAACAACUGCCACUCCUCCUCUCCAUUGUUGCACCAAAACUAACCGAGAAGCCUCACAAAAAAAGAUCUUAAGCUAGCCUCAUGUGGGUUGUGGGUCAGCCACGCCCCCAAAAUGUAAUCUGUACAUAACCACGCUUUAAACAUUUCACUCUCAACACACACACACA